GCGUUCAAUGCACAUUACUUGCAAUUGUUAAAGAAUUAAUAAUAUUUGUAAUUUUAAAGUUAAGCUUUAAGGAUUUAUAAGGAUACUCACAAAAUGUCUUGUCUAAAGAAAUACGCCGUUCUUUGGAUACUGUUGCUGGUGGCCAUUACCGGUCUGGUGUUGGGAUUGGUCUUUGGCCUAAAGAAAACGCCCGAACGUCGCAUUGGGGGCGUGGCCUCCAAUGGCGUUGGCUGUGCGGAGAUCGGUGGCCAGAUGCUGGACAUUGGUGGCUCCGCAGCGGAUGCAGCGAUUGCCACGAUGCUCUGCGAGGGCGUCGUCCUGCCACACAGCCUGGGCGUCGGUGGUGGCUUUGUGGCCACCAUUUACAGCAAGGAGACGGGCCGGGUGGAGGCACUGAUCUCACGGGAAACGGCACCGGCGGCGGCCACACUCGACAUGUUGGUGGAUCAUGAGGAUAUCACGGGCGCCAUUUCCGCCGGUGUGCCCAGUGAGAUAUACGGCUAUUGGCGACUCCAUGAUAGGUACGGCAAAUUACCUUGGCACACAUUGUUCGAGCCCACCAUUGAGCUGUGCCGCAAUGGAAUUGUGGUUUCCCGCUAUUUGGCUGGCGUGCUGGCCAACAAUGAGGAACGCAUCCGCCAGGAGAUCUCCAUGUCCGAGAUCUUUAUCAAUCCCGCCACACAGACGGUCUACCAGGAGGGCGAGAUCAUGUUCCGACGCGUGCUCGCCGAUACCCUGGAAAUUGUGGCCAAUGAAGGACCCGAGGUAAUCUAUCGUGGUGGACGCAUUGGACGAAUGCUUGUCGAGGACAUCCAGCAAAUGGGCGGCAUCAUUACCGAGCAGGAUCUACAGGAUUAUGACGUCCGUUGGGAGGAGCCACUGCACAGUGUCCUUGCGAAUGGAUACAAUCUGUAUACGACUCCAUUGCCAACGAGUGGAGCAGUGCUGAUCUUCAUGCUGAACGUGAUGAAACCGCUGUAUACGUCGGAUCAUAAUCGAUAUUGGCAUCGAUUAAUCGAGACCUUUAAACAUGCCUAUGGACAUCGCACCAAUUUGGGGGAUAUACAUUUUGAGCCCUCCAUACAAGAGACAUAUGAAAAUCUGAUUGAUCCGAAAUUUGCAGCGGAAAUGCGCGAAUUAAUAUUGGAUGAUGUCACGUUUACGGAUAUGCAUUAUUAUGGGGCCAACUUCACCAAUGUGGACGAUCACGGAACGGCGCAUAUUUCGGUGAUUGCACCGAAUGGCGAUGCCGUUGCUGUGACGAGCACGAUCAAUGGUCACUUGGGUGCCAAGGUGCGAUCCCGUCAAACGGGCUUCAUACUCAACGAUGAGAUGGAUGACUUCUCCACGCCGGGCAAGAUCAAUGCCUAUGGCAUACCCGCCAGUCCGGCCAAUUAUAUUAAGCCCGGCAAGCGUCCCAUGUCCUCCACCUGUCCGAGCAUCGUGCUUGACAACAGCGGCAACGUGCAGUUGGUGGUGGGUGGUGCCGGUGGCUCCAAGAUCACAACCUCGGUGGCCCAGACAAUAUUGCGCUACCUGGUACUCCGGGACUCCAUUGAGAAUGCGGUGAACAAGGGACGACUGCAUCAUCAGCUCGCUCCCAUGCACAUCGACGUGGAACCGGAUGUGCCCAGACAUACGGCCGAAUAUCUUAAGAAAAUUGGCCAUACACUCAACUAUCUGACCGUGCACAAGGCUUAUUCCGCCGUCACAGCCAUCGGGAACAUGGACUCCGUACCGCAGCCCGUCUGCGAUAGUCGUCGAGUGGGCAGCGCAGUCAUCGUUGAACCAAAUCUGGAUUAAUCCUAAACUACACUCACAACACACACUCUUAGAUAAUAAAUAAAUUUACAACUUUCUUCUAA